UUGCACAUCUCUUCGCUAUCGGUCCCGGUCGCUAGCAAGAAAAAAUAUUCAGCUUGGUGAUAAGAAAAUUCUUAACCUAGUCGAAAGUUUAGAAUAUAAAAUUUACGCCAUGUGCAUGUAGCUAUAUAUUAUAGUAAUAUUUUAAAGUUGGAUACAAAGGUGGCUCUUUCACCUUCCUAAAACUAACUUCACCACAUACGUCGCUACAAUGGUCGGUAGGAGAAGGGAAGAUAAGUACCGGCAUCCCAUACCAAAUUCACUGCCUCCAGUAACUCGUAGAAAAUCUCAACAAGGGAGCCACCAAACAGAAAAUGAAAAUAACAUUCAUCCCUUAAAUGGAAUACAGUUAACAUUAGUAGUUACACAGGAUAUGGCUUAUUACUGUUUCGACAUACUCUUAAGUCAUUUGAAAAGGGCUGAAUUACCUAGGUCGAGAUGGCCGAAGUUUCCAAACGACCCUUUUCCAUUAUUUGUUACAUGGAAAUAUGGGACGGAAAAAAGAUUACGAGGAUGUAUUGGAACUUUCACUGCUCUUCGCUUGCAUGAAGGUCUAAGAGAAUACUCAUUGUCUAGUGCAUUGAAAGACAGUCGCUUUCAACCAGUCCGUUUGGACGAGGUACACAAAUUGCAUUGCAGUGUAUCUCUUCUCACCAAUUUUGAAUCCGAUAAAAAUUAUCUAGACUGGGAGAUUGGUAUUCAUGGCAUAAGAAUCGAGUUUCACAAUGAAAAAGGUCAUCGCAAAACAGCAACCUAUUUGCCGGAGGUCGCCAAAGAACAAGGUUGGACGCGAACUGAAACAAUAGAUUCAUUACUUCGGAAAGCUGGUUACUGGAAGCCAGUUACUGAUGAUUUCCGUAACACUAUUAAAUUGACUCGUUAUAGGAGUGAAAAAAUUAUAGUCGCUUAUGAUGAGUAUUUUGCUGUACGUCAAAACAGUUCCUGACGACGACGUAUUUAGGUUUUCGAUGUCAUUUUAUUUUCUGUCAACAUAUACACUUUUAAACGACUUGGCUACAGUUUAAAAUAAUGGAUCAAAUUUACGAUGAUCUAGACUCAAAAUUAGAAAACUUAUGAUCGUAGCAUUGGGUUUUUAUAUAUAUAGUACUUUCACGUUUUGUAUAAUAUAUUGAUAUUUGGGUGAAAGUCCUGCAGUGGGCGAUGUAUUUUACUUAUUUUUAUCCUACUUUUUUCUUACCUGCAAUGUAUGUUGAUGGCUCUUGUUACAUUUAAUGCCCAUUUUGAAAUGACGUAAAUAUUUUAUGUCGUGGCGUUCGAUGCAUACUCGUGCAACAAAGACAGAUGAAAUCAGGACCGAUAAAAAUUUGGCAUUGAUUAAGGGUGCGGUAAGGUCCAACGAUUAUACUUUGUUGAGUAAAAGGCAACUUUCGAGUUGGCUUUAUAACAACGUUUAAGUGACUUCUUUGAUAGUUUUUGUUCGAACAAACUUUUUUUGGCUAUGAAAUGAAGCGUUUCGAGGAGAUCCCUUAGCAUUAUAGAUGUAAAUUUAAAAUUCCCUUUUUGCUUUGACUACCAGACCUGCGAACGUUGCAGUCUUCAGUUACGUCCAUAUCAUUUCCAUGACUUUCUUAUGGGGUCUGUUCAUUUAAAGUAGGAGUUAUCCAAAUUUAAAAACUUCGAAAAUUCUCAGAGAUUUCAAAAGUUUCGAUUCUGUCGUGAUUUAUCAUUAUUGUGCGAGUUACCUUCACUCACUUCACAAAUUGCAACCUCCCACACUAGUUUUAUUUAUUAUGUUUUAUAAUUGUAUGUGUCUCGUAAUUUCUGGUGAUUGUAUGACUUAUAUAUUUACUGUGGAAAUCAAAGUUUUUUUUAAUGUA